UUUUUUUUUUGAACUUUAAAACUCCCUAUUUUAAUGAACGAGACUUAAUAAAUUUCGAAUUUUUUUGAUUUGAAAAGUCUUAUAGUAAAUAUGUUUAUCAUUAACUGGUUUUUUGAUGUUUUAGCGACUUUGGGACUUGUUAAUAAAAAUGCAAAGAUUUUAUUCUUGGGCCUAGACAAUGCUGGAAAGACGACUUUACUGCAUAUGUUAAAAAAUGAUCGUUUGGCUACAUUGCAGCCAACGCUACAUCCUACCUCAGAGGAAUUAUCCAUAGGUAACGUCCGUUUCACAACUUACGACCUUGGUGGCCAUCAACAAGCACGCCGUCUUUGGAAAGAUUAUUUCCCAGAAGUGUCUGGUAUUGUGUUUAUGGUAGAUGCUGUAGACCGUGAACGAUUUGCGGAAAGUAAGACUGAAUUAGAUGCCCUUCUUUCUAUUGAAGAACUUUCAACCGUGCCUUUCCUAAUCUUGGGAAAUAAAAUUGAUGCAGUUGGUGCAGUAUCCGAAGAAGAAUUGAGACAUGCACUUGGAUUGUAUCAAACAACUGGAAAGGGUAAAGUCAUGUUAAAAGAUAUUCGUCCUAUUGAAGUUUUCAUGUGUUCCGUCGUUAUGCGACAAGGAUAUGGUGACGGUUUUCGUUGGGUAUCUCAAUAUAUGUAAAGCAUAAUUGUCUUAUUACUAUAAUCAAUGCCGUUAGGCUAAACGGUACUAUUUCCCUUAAUAUCAUACAUACGAAAAAACUUUUAAUUCCUCUUUAAAAAACUUUUAAUAUCAUUUAUUUUGCUAAUUAAGAAAUAUUAUGUGUAAAGAACAGUUUAAUAUUUUUAAAGAAAAUAAAUUUUUUUCUAUUUUUUUUUUUCUUUCUUUUUUUUUGGAAAAA